ACUGGCUCGGGAGUGGACGUGCCCCCCCGGGCCUUUCGCCGUGUUUGGGAUGCAGACCCUCCCGCCCCACCCCCCGGAGAACCUUGACACCGCCCAUCUUCAUCCUAAGGAGAGAGCGGGAGAGGAUGAGGUCGGGAGGCAGGGCGCGGGUGACUUCCUUUUAUAAAGAACGGAAAUCUGCUGGCACCGUUUCCAGGGAGGAGCAUCUGCUUGUCCUCGCCCUUCCGCCCUACGGCUGGCGAGAGCUCGUUCAGGCCGGUACUUGCAGGCUUGCAGGCCUGAGGCCACCUCCGGGGGGGUCUGGUAGGCUAUCCCCAGGGCCUCUGGACAACUGUCAGUCGCCUGGGUCCCCCAAAACAGCGUUUUCAGUGAAGAACUACGUCCGGGAUCUGCGUUCAGCUGGGUACUGUAUGGUACUCUGCUGUCUAUUUGCAGUGCAAGGGCUUGGCUCAGCAGGCAAAAGAAAGACUGAACAAAGGGGAGGAAACCAGCAAAGAUAACUUUGGAAGCACUGAAUGCGGCAAAAUAAGAACAAUGGAUCUCAAGUUCAACAGCUCCAGGAAAUAUAUUUCUAUCACUGUCCCGUCCAAAACCCAAGCAAUGUCGCCACACAUCAAGUCAAUAGAUGACAUUGUAGUGCUUGGCAUAAAUCUCAGCAGAUUUAACAAACUUACUCAAUUUUUCAUAUGUGUUGCUGGAGUUUUGGUAUUUUACCUAAUUUAUGGAUAUUUACAGGAAUUAAUAUUUUCAGUGGAGGGUUUUAAGCCCUAUGGCUGGUACCUUACUUUAGUGCAGUUUGCAUUUUACUCCAUAUUUGGCCUAAUAGAGCUUCAGCUUAUUCAGGACAAAAGGAGAAGAAUACCAGGAAAAACCUACAUCAUAAUAGCUUUUCUAACUGUGGGUACUAUGGGGUUAUCAAACACUUCCUUGGGCUACCUGAAUUAUCCUACCCAAGUCAUCUUCAAGUGCUGCAAAUUGAUUCCUGUUAUGCUAGGAGGAGUUUUUAUUCAAGGAAAGCGUUACAAUGUUGCUGAUGUGUCUGCUGCCUUAUGCAUGAGCCUCGGCCUGAUAUGGUUUACCCUAGCCGACAGCACAGUUGCACCAAAUUUCAACCUGACAGGUGUGAUCCUCAUCUCCCUGGCACUAUGUGCAGAUGCUGUCAUUGGAAAUGUCCAAGAGAAAGCUAUGAAACUCCAUAAUGCUUCUAAUUCAGAAAUGGUUUUAUAUUCGUAUUCAAUCGGUUUUGUGUACAUUUUAUUGGGAUUGACAUGCACUAGUGGAUUAGGCCCUGCAGUAACAUUUUGUUCAAAGGAUCCAGUUCGGACCUAUGGUUAUGCUUUCCUUUUUUCCCUCACUGGGUAUUUUGGAAUCUCUUUUGUUCUGGCUUUGAUUAAAAUUUUUGGUGCACUUUUUGCUGUAACAGUGACAACGGGGAGAAAAGGAAUGACCAUUGUCCUUUCAUUUAUAUUCUUUGCCAAACCAUUCACAUUUCAGUAUGUAUGGUCUGGUUUGUUAGUUAUCCUUGGUAUAUUUCUCAAUGUUUACAGCAAAAAUAUGGACAAAAUAAGACUCCCAUCGCUGUAUGAUGUGAUAAACAAAACAGCGGAAGUGAGGAGGUCAGGGACGUUGGCACAGACUGUCUAGGCAGCGAUUCGCUUUAUAACGUAGAAUUAAUUCAUCAAUCAAUUAACUUUCCAAAGGGACUUUUAUAAAAACCAGAGGCUCUGAAGGCAUGCUGUCAUUUGUGGACGGAUUACAUGUGAAGUCGCCCUUUCUUCAGAACCCUUGUUGGACUGUUUAACUUCCAAAGCAAUCAAAAGAGCCACACCCGGCACACCUUAGAAUAAAACGUCAAGAUGAAGGACCGUGACGCUUACAGUCUGUUGAGAAUUUCGCUGGAAAUGGACCAUGUUGCAAGAAAAAUUGGAUAUCAUUAUGACAUAUCAAAGAAAUUGAUAUGUAAGCGCAGAUUGUGUUCUUUUUUCCGUUCCAUUUUGGUGGUGUUAUUUAAAUUGAUUCUCUGUUGUAAGAGUGAACUGAUGAUUUAAAGUCUAGAGAGAAUAACUUCAUUAUAAAUAAAAAUUAUUCUCUGAUUUUUUUUUAAAAGAAUGUGAUGGAAUUGGGGUAGUGAAGGUUGGAUUUUGUUACAAAGAUGGGAAGUACAGUGUACAUAAACUUUAAAACUUAGGCUUUUCUCUGAUCAUUUAAAAGUAUUCUUUAGAGAAAGUGUGCUUUACGUUUUCUGUGGAAUAUAGUCAAUAGAGUAAAAAGAGUCAUGAUCCUGUAUCCUGUAAGUAUGUAUCACAAGCCAGAUUUCCUAUUACCCAUCAAAGGUGCUAAAAGAU